CACCCGAUCCCGAUCAUUCAACUCGGACGACUCUUAAUCGACAGGGGUUGCUUCAGGCUAGCGCGUACGGUAUGGGGAUACUGCUAGCAUCUUUCUCUGCCCUUUCCUCUCCCCCGCCCUUCCUAACCCUCGUCCACAAAGAAACAAAAUGUGUUUUUGUGUCGAUAGAUCGCGUUGAUCGCUGGCUCGACUGGUGCAGACGCAAAAGGCAAAUCACACCCCAUCCGGGAAGACAGUUUACUGGUGCGUUACACAAUGCCGAGUGGCCGAGCUGAAACUUUCCACCCCACCCGGCCGAGCUGCUGAAGAUGCUGCGACCGGGCGCGCUCACACACCCGUGGUCGGUUUGGGUACGGUGGCCCCCACCAAAAACGAUCGCACACCGGCCCCAAAGCCUAUUGUUGUUUGGCUUUGGCGUCCGAACCACUGCACGGGUGGAGCGCGCACGCGUACCGGGGCGGAAUGGUAUAAAAUUGAGCGCAGAUGCGUUACCAAUUAUCAGUUUGGCAGUGUCUCGUGGAUCACAAACAACACGCAGCCAACAAUGAAGGUCCUUUUAGUACUGUGUGCACUCACGGUGUGCACAUCAGCCACUUUCGACCAACUGUUCAAAAAGAAGGACUUCGACUUGAGCGGGCUGUUUGACGGGCUGUUCGAAAAGGAGAAGCAUCACGGUCCACCGCCACCUCCUCGGCCCGUCUACGGCCCACCGCCGGUACAUCACGCUCCGCCGCCGCCGCCGCCACCUCCGGCCUACGGACCACCGCCAGCCCCGGUGUACGGACCGCCGCCCCCGCAAUCGUACGGCCCACCGCCCCCGCAGUCUUACGGCCCUCCGCCACCAGUGCAUCACGCACCGCCGCCACCUCCGCCACCGCCACCACGUCCAGUGUACGGACCGCCGCCCCAGCAAUCGUACGGCCCUCCGCCACCAGUGCAUCACGCCCCACCACCGCCACCUCCGCCUCCGCCGCGCCCAGUGUAUGGACCUCCUCCGCCAGUGCAUCACGCACCUCCUCCGCCACCACCGCCGCGCCCAGUCUACGGACCCCCUCCGCCAGUGCAUCACGCACCUCCACCGCCUCCGCCACCACCGCCGCGUCCAGUGUACGGUCCGCCGGCCCAGGCCUAUCACGCACCACCACCGCCGCCGCCGCCCCGUCCAGUCUACGGCCCGCCAGCAGUACAGUACGCACCUGCCCCACCGCCGCCACCACCGCCACAGCCCGCCUACGUCCCACCAGCACCGGUGUAUCAAGCGCCUCCUCCCGCCCCCGUUUACAGUGCGCCCCCACCCGCCCCCGUCUACAGUGCACCCCCGCCAGCCCCCGCCUACCAGCCGCCCGUGUACAGUGCACCGCCGCCACCGCCGCCACCACCACCACCACCACCGCCAGUCUACAGUGCGCCUGCCCCGCGCCCAGAACCGAUACAGCUGCUCCCGCUGCAGAACAACCCAGUUAGCUUUUCGGGUGCCAGCUCGGCUUCCGUCGCGUCCGGCUCGGUCACCAACGAUGGUUAUCACUAUGGCGUCGGUCACGGCUCUGGCCACUAGCCGGCCCGGUGAGCACUGAGCUCAUUUCCUUUUUCACCCUCCGCUGUCUAACGGCUAUCGCCAUGCGCUGCAAUUCUUUCACCCCUUCCCUAUCCCCCUAUCCGUACCGCCCCCGCUAGAGGGAACGAAUCCGCUUCCGGAUUGUGCAAUACCAAAAUAAUGUCUUAAUGUUUGUUAAAUAUGCUUCCCAAGCACCGUACCUUUGCAGCGACGAGCUGCCCGGAGCAUUUCAGGGACACGAUUCUGCUUUAAUCGCGCCAAUAGUUAUCCCGAUACGCGCGUUGCCUACUGUUCUGCGCGAUUAGGUCAGCGGGAACGUCUAGCCACAGUGAAUCUGCACUAUUCAUUCAUCACCUAUGAGCACAGGGUCAAAUCUGUGGAUAGAAAGAGAAAGAGAAAGAGAAAGCGCACGAGAAAGGAUCGGCAGAUGUUUUGGCAGAGUAGUAACAAAGUAACAGUCUGAACAAAUACAGCAAGGGGCAAGUGUGAGCUGAGCGAUAUAAGGUGUUGUAAUCGCGGAGCACAUAGAUCUGCGUGAGAUCAACACGUCUGCAAAAGUGCUGGUGACACUGCACAAGCUCAGUCGCACUUGCUUCCAAUAUGGUUGCCAUAUGUCAUUAAAUCGUUUUUCAAACGGCAUGCUACAAGUACUGAAAUCAGUUUAUCAGUUUAUAAAGAAACAUGAAACGAAUAA